CGAGACACAACACGCCAAUUCGCAGAGCCGCGGGGCAGAGACCGGUCGCAGCGAGAUCGUGGAGCGCCGGUCUAUCUUCCGGAGCUUCCUCGUCCUCGCCGUUCCUGAAGCCAGCCUCGCCCGGGGCAUCGACAUCUUCCACCACGACCUCCGUACCUGGCUCAAAAGCGGCGUCAGCAGGGGUUGCAGCUGGAAGUGGCAUAGCGCAUGGGGCUGGGAUAACACCUGCCCAAGGCCUGACGGGCGAUCGAGAUGCCGAAAGUCCGUCCUCCCCGACAAGAGGUGGUACAGCUAAUCCACCGGGGGGACGAUCAAACUCAAAGUCUUCUACAUCAUCAUUGGCGGGCCGUCAACCAGACCCAUCAGCACUGUGCACUUCCGGCAAUGGCGCGAUGAGCGGCUUGUCCGCCACAUUUAGCUCUUCUUCGGCCGCCAGACGCGGCACUGUUUUGAGCGCCAGCGUUCCAGUACUAGCACAGGCGGAAGACGGGGGCUUGUUAGAUGCAACGUCACAAAGCGCGCAAGGAGCAGCUUUCCCAACCGUUGCGAGUUCCGCGUCUCUGGCUCGACGGCGCUCCCAGGCGAACAUGCAACAGCCUGAUAAUUUGAUGAAUCAUCGGGUGUUUUUGCAUCAGCAGGGAAGCUUUACCACAUCACGAGGUAGCAUUUCGCCGCCCCUUGCUCGAGGCGACCAUCCCCGGCUGCUUCUUGCCCCGCUUCCACCACCUCCAGCACCGUCAGGGCAACCAAAUGCGCUGCUAACGAACAGUGCUCCGGCUUUGCGUUUCUCUGAACGACUCGCGCGGGAAGGCGAUACUGUAUUCUGCGUAAACCACACUGGCGACACAGAGGUGAUCCAACGACCUGUCACCGACGAGCAGAAGCGCAAAUAUCAAGCUGCGACACUCUCAUCCUCCAAUAACAGUCUUCCAUGA